AUGGAAGAAAAUAUAGGACCAUCUGCCGACAAUAUGGCCGGCAAGCGUUCGUGCGAAUAUUGUCGAACAAAAAAAAUCCGCUGCGACCGGACUGUUCCGUGCUCAAACUGUAGAAUGAAUAAAGCCGAUUGCAAAACAGUUGUACCUGAACAGAAAACCCCAAGAGUAAGAAUCAAUUUAUCUGGAGAGUAUGAGAAGAAGAUAGACCGUCUCGAAAGCCGUCUUGCGAGUAUCGAAAUUAUUCUCGCCAAGAUUGCUUUGAAGCUGGAGAUCAAGGAUGCAUACACAGUGGUUGAUGAGCAGGUUGUUCAGCCGAAAUUGUCAUCAACUCAAGUCAAUGAGAAAUCUUCCGUUACCGAGGCCGAGGCGACAACACCUACGCCUUUUGAAGGCGAGACUGGAAUGAAUAGGCAGUCAGACUAUGUGCGAGAGUUGCUCGUUCAGGUGGUUGGUCAGACACCAUCGAUGGACCAAAAUGCAGAAGUUAAAGCAGCCUUGACAGCACUUGAGGAGCUGGUUACGCCCAGCAACCAUGGAGAUAUCUCCCCAAAGCUAAACACUCAGCAACUGACUGACCGAUCUGUUACAAAAAUUGACAGCGCAAAGUUAGAGCAGCCCCCCUGGAGUGUGGUGAAGGUCGCCAUGGAUAAGGCACUGGAACAUCCAACUAUGAUCUUUACUGCUUUCUUCCCUAUCAUUGAUACGAGGAAUCUCUAUGAAGUCAUCGAAGAUGUUUAUUCCAACCCCACCACGUGCACUACUCCACGUCGAAUUUUUGCGUGUGGUGUAUUGUUCAAUAUAUUUUCAGAGUAUUCAUCGGCACCCUGGAGCGGCACUACCAAAGCGGAUUUGACAAGGUGCGCGAAACUCACUUUUUCCCUCGACUCCCUUAUCAGGAUUUUGGAGCUUGCCAUAAGCCAGCUUGGUAUACUCAUAUCAGCUAGCCAUGAAAAUAUUGUAGCUCUAAGCUUGGGUACGGCUUGCGCAGUCGAGAUGUGCAAACCGUCACUUGCUUGGAUGCUGAAUUCCUACGCCGUUGAGCUAUGCCAAAAUCUAGGUUACCAUCGUUUCGCAACCAUAAAGAACGACCCAGAAGAGGAGCGGAGACGUAAAAUGCACCUGUUUUGGAUGGUUUAUUACUUCGACAAGCAACUGUCUCUGCGUUUAGGUCGAGCAAGUCUAAUCCAAGAUUGGGAUGUGUCAUUGCCUUUCCUUGCCACGGGCGAUGCAUCGCAUAAUGUUUUCGAAGAGAAUGACAUGCUUCCAUAUUGGGUCAAAGUUGCUAAGGUUCAAGGGCAAACAUACGAGAACUUGUUUAGUGCAGCUGCAUUCCUUAAAACGCAGACUGAGCGACACCAAACUGCUAUAAGUCUCGUUCGUGCGAUGGAACAAGCUUGGUAUGAACGAGGCUAUGUAGGUAUCCCUGGCUCCACCAAUCUAGCGAGUCCCAUCGAAACAGAACUGCCUUUCAAUUAUAGACAAACAUUAUGCAAAAACUCUCAAGAUGCCCUGAAACAGGGCGCUUAUGGCAUAGAAUAUCUUGAUGAUGUCGAGGAUCUGUUUUUUCACACGGAUGUUGUAGUACAUUACUCAACAUGUGCACUUAUACACCGGGCAACGUGUUCAGAGAAUACAUUGAGCCAAGAAUGUCUUGAGUCUUCUCGAGCGGCAAUAUUAGCGCAUAUGAGGUGUAACGCCCAAUUCAACUCAAAAGCCAAUACAGAGCUUUGGGCAGGAUACAUCCAUUGGUCCGUCCUUCAGGCUCCAAUCACCCCCUUCAUCGUCUUGUUUUGCAACGCAAUUCAAACUGCCGAUCGCACUGACCUAGAUUCCCUCUCAGAUUUCGUCACCAGCCUUGAGUCUAGUAAAACAGUCUCCGAGGGCGCAGCAAAGCUAUACAGAAUGUGUCUUCUUUUCGUGAAAGUAGCCAAAAUCUACAUCCAAGCAAAAGAGAAAGAGACCAAAAAGGGCCUGGCGUCAUCUUUCCCAUACCCGGGACAAGGCUUUUUCGACGCGACUGUGCCUGAUACCUUUCUAGACUUUAGCACAGUCUCACAGUUUGGCCCGCAUCUAAGCGCUCUUGGAUUAAUGUCCAGUACAGAUUGGUCGAUGCCUAGUUAUGUACCAGAUUCAACACCGGAAGGACAGGAGCAAUACGCAUCGACUGAAGCCAUGAGUGGCGUGCAAGAUUUCGACGGCGUAGGCAUGGGCCAACAAGGCUUGGGUGUAAGCCAAAACUCUGUACAAGACUGGUUCUCAGGAUCGCGAUAUUUGAUCAACUUCAUGGAUUCGGACAACGAUAUGCAGAUGCCUGACAUGAACAACCCAAGUUUUUGA